UCGCAAAAAUCCCUGGCUUCAACCCAACGGAGAAAAAUCCCAGAGAGGGUUUACGUAAUAAUCUGGUGACAACCUUUCAAAAAAAAUUUGCAAAGCGAAAAAAAAACAGAAGGGAAAAGGGAGUGAGUGAGAGGGGGAGUCUCUCAGUUUGACGGGUUUCCUCGUGACAAGAAGACGACUUGUUAAACCUAAAAAUCACCUUGUAACGGUCUGAGCAGAUACCGGGGACUAAAUAGGUGUAAAAUAUCGUGGUAUUUAUGUCAGAGUGAGAGGGCAAUUAAUUAUGGUCUCGGUGAUGCAACCGUUUAUGGAUGUCGAGAGCUCCAGAAGCUACAUUGACGAAUUGUACUCGCCGGAUCCCCAGAAGUGUCUCGAAGCGAUAAUCUGUCUAAAAAACUCAGUAAUAGGAAGCAACCGUCAGAAAGGAUCGGUAAUCGCGCAGGGAGUGGUUCCCCGGCUCCUGCAGUUGCUGUCAGACACAUCGGGAACAGUCGGAGAGCGCAUCCGCCUGGAAUCCGUGGUGACCCUGGGCUCCCUUGCAAAAGGAACAGAUCAGCACGUACUGGCCCUUAUCGAUCUGGGAGUGGUUCCCCUGAUUCUGCAGGUGCUCCUGUCAACGCAAACUUCUCCCGACAACGACAAGCUCUCAGAUCACUUGAUCGAGGCGUGUCUCAGGUGUCUUCGCACAGUCUUCCAGCACUCAAGUGCUCCAGUGCAAACGAUCUACCAGGACACUGCCCUAGUCCCUCGUUUAUUAUCCCUAGCGAGUAGAUCUGUCACUUGUCAAGUAUGCGUCGCGACGAUAUUAACAACAGCCUGCAAAUCAGCAGACGAGCAGAAUUCUCUGAUGAAGGGAGGCGCCGUGGAGACUCUGGCCUCUCAACUUGACUCUCCUCUUCCUGAUGUUCAGCUUCCAGCUCUGGCGUGUCUUGCCAACAUGUGCUACCAGAAUAGAACGGUAUCAACGAUGGUGGCGAACGUGACGACGGGUAAAGAGCCGACUCUCAAACCCCUGCCUGCCCUCCUGGGCUGCCUGAUGGGAAGGGAGAGGAGUUCUGUUGUGCAAUUGGAGGCUGCCAGAUGCAUAUCUUAUAUGCACAGGGCAGGUGCCCUCUCAUCGACGGACAGGAUCGUCAUCUACCGAGCCCUGCCAUGUUUAGUGAGGCUCUGCCAUCGAGACAGGCCUCCUCGAGAGAGGAUAGCAGCUGCUGAGACCCUAGCCUAUCUCACUGAAGUCGAUAUCGAGCUGCAGAGGUUGGCGUCCAUCAGUAAUCAUCUCAUCCCCACUUUGGCUGAACUGCUGAGGCCUCAUCCUCAGGUCCAGGAUGCCUCUCUCGCUCAGGAUAUGAGGCAGGCAGCGUUCCGGGCGUUUGCAUCGCUGGGUGCCAACGAUGAGGACAUCAGGAAGAAAAUUAUCGAGACUGAAAAUCUCAUGGAGCUAGUCGUCAGUGGGCUACAGGAUCCUGGAGGACCGAGAGUCAGACUCGCUGCUGUCAGGUGUCUCCACUCGUUGUCUAGGAGUGUCCAGCAGCUCAGGACCACCUUCCAGGAUCACGCUGUCUGGAGACCUCUCAUGCAGCUUCUGCACGGAGCGGAUAAGGGGCUAGAGGGGAGGGAUGGUGAGGAGGACCUGUUGACUGUUGCUUCCAGCACUCUGUGCAAUCUUCUUCUAGAGUUUAGUCCCAGUAAAGAACCUAUUCUUGAAUCCGGUGGAGUGGAGCUCCUCUGUUCGUUGACUAGACGCCCUGAUCCUGCUUUGAGGCUGAAUGGCAUAUGGGCCCUCAUGAAUGUUGCCUUUCAGGCUGAGCAGAGGGUUAAGUCCCAAAUUUUAUCGUGCUUGGGGACUGAUCAGAUAUUUCGCCUCCUUGCGGAUUCUGAGUUGGCUGUUGUUAUGAAGGUAUUGGGACUCCUGAGAAAUCUUCUGAGCACCAAGGCUCACAUUGAUCGAAUUAUGGACGAACACGCUACUCAGGUCAUGCAGGCUGUCAUACUCGUUUUGGAGGAUGAUCAUCCUGCUGAGGUCAAAGAACAGGCUCUCUGCAUUCUUGCUAAUGUCGCUGAUGGCGACAGGGCGAGGGAUCAUAUCAUGGCUAAUGAGGAUGUGCUUAAGAAGCUUAUGGAUUAUAUGAUGCAUACUAAUGUUAAAUUGAAUAUUGCUGCCAUCUUUUGUGUGUGUAAUCUGGUGUGGAGAGAGGAACCUGGUGCCGAGCAGCGUCAAGCUCGUCUACGAGAGCUGGGGUUUUAUAGAAUUCUUCAACAAUUGCGGUUGAACAAAGAUCCACAGCUGUUCGACAGUUUGGGGUUGAAACCGACAAGACUUGACUCUGGUGAUUUUAUUUCUAGGGUGAAAAUCGCGCUGGCCCAGUUUCUAGAUCCAUAAAACUCUGGAUUACGAAACGCCUAUUUUUUUAGCUUCCAUCAUAAUCCACUGACUCAACCACGAUGUAAUAUUCUGUGAUUCCUCAAGGAGAUUCUGCAGGCUCAUCAUGGAAGAGAAGGAUAAAUUAAUCAAGUUGGAAAAGAGAAUUGGCUGAGCCGAGUGUCUCAGAUGCCCCUAGUCCCCCCUCAUCCCCUUAAUUUAUUUGCGUUUAGCUGUUGAGCUUUGCAGCAGCGAGUUAAGUGAUUUUGUGAAUGAUUUUCAAACCAUACUGUACAAAUUCUUUUUUAAUCAGUAACAUUGCACCAUCUCGAUAUAUUAUAUUAUUUGUUUUCCAAUUUUUAUUAUGAUUUUGUGUAUAGUAAAUUUCACCGUUCGAUACUUAACUGAUAAGAAAGCAAUACAGUCAUUAUCCCAGGAGAAACUUAUU